UCCCUGCUCGUUCCCCCCAACCGAGUGUGAGAGAUAACAAGCAUCUAAACAUCAAGCACUACAGUCUCUACAAAGACAACAAGGGCAUACCACUUACGGUUGACGAAUACUCUAGAGUUUCCUUCGAAGGAGACCCUUUGCAGAGAUUAUGCCUGGCGAUACCCCAGCGAGCGAUAGCGGCGGAACUACGAUCGACACGCGCGUGACGGAGCUGUCCAAGAGGCUGGAGGAGCAAAGCAAGGUGCUGUCGGCUGUCAUGGCGAAGCUAGGGCAACUUCAGAUGCCGCCUGCCAGGGCGGCGGGGGCAGAAGAGGGGGAGUCAAACGGUGCUGGCAACGCCGCAGGGCGCGAAGGGGCCGCGCCGGGCACACGGUUUGGGGUGCCACCCAGUGGAGUCGGGGGAGUAGGUCCCCCGGACCACCCAUCCGCUGGACCCCCGCUGGGAAGCAUUGCGCAGGGAUUUUGGAUGCAGGGGGUGAUGGACAAGAUGUCAUCGCUGCUGCAGGCAAUGCCAGAUUACGGAAGCCGAGGGGAACCAGGCGGUGCUGGAAGACGCGCCGCAUCUUGCGGUGGGAUUGAUUGUUGGAAUCUCGCCGCCAGGCAGCUGCCUAUCGGAGCUGCACGCUGCGGCCGGCAUUAA